AUGGAAGAAGAUGAAGUAGAAGAUGAGAACAUUCCGGACUUGGCUCAGUAUGGCGGAUUUGAAGAAAACACAAUGGGCGAGGCGGAGCUGGAUGUUGAAGGGAAUGACGGUGCUGAUGAACUUGGUCAAAUAUUGCGGGACUUACAGGAGGACUGCGAAAGUGAAAAGGAGGUGCAGAAACUAGAGCGCAUGUUAGCGGACCACAAAACAGCGUUGUACCCAGGUUGCGAGAAGGGCUACAAAAAGUUGAGUACCAUCCUAGAAUUCUUGCAAUGGAAGGCUAAAAAUGGUGUAAGUGACAAGGCAUUCGGCGAGUUAUUGAAACUCGUAAAGAACAUUCUUCCGAAGGGGAACGAAUUGCCCGAAAGUACGUACGAAGCUAAGAAGACAGUCUGCCCUCUAGGUCUGGAAGUACAGAAGAUUCACGCAUGUCCGAACGACUGUAUCCUGUAUCGCGGUGAGUACGAAAACCUAGAAGCAUGCCCUGUUUGCAAAGCACUACGAUACAAAAUAAGACGAAAUGAUCUAGGUGAAGUUGACGGACAGCCUUUGAAGAAGAGAAUUCCUGCUAAGGAUGGGAUGCUGAGACACCCCGCUGACGAGUCGCAGUGGCGAAAUAUCGACAGAACAUUUAAAGACUUCGGCGAGGAUGCACGAAACAUGAGGUUCGGCCCGAAGCAACCUGAUAACGACAUUGAUGUGUACCUAAGACCAUUGGUUGAAGAUUUGAAAGUGCUGUGGAGGAAAGAGGGCGUCCCCGUGUGGGAUGAGGACAAGCAGGAGCAAUUUAACCUACGAGCGUUGCUAUUCGUUACAAUUAACGAUUGGCCUGCGCUUAGUAACCUAUCCGGACAAUCAAACAAGGGGUACAACGCUUGCACUCACUGUUUGGAUGAAACUGAAAGCAAGCACUUUGAACAGAAGGCAGACCAUCGUACUAAGCCUAAACAUCGCAACGGGAAAGCAGUGUUCGAAAUGGUGAAGGAUCUGAAAGUAGUAUUUGGAAAGGAGCCUAGCAGCCAACCUAUAGAGAGCGAAGAUGGUCACGCGGCGAUGUGGAAGAAAAACUCUAUUUUUUGGGAGCUACCCUAUUGGGAGGUCUUGGACGUUCGCCACGCAAUCAACGUGAUGCACCUCACUAAGAACCUUUGCAUAAACCUGCUGGGCUUCUUAGGUGUAUAUGGGAAGUCCAAAGAUACACUCGAAGCACGCAAUGAUCUCAAGCAUAUGGAACAGCGCGAGGGCCUUCAUCCGGAACCGAACGAGAAAUGA